AUGGCUGCAUGCUCAUCUUCCUGCAAUAUCUCAUGGCCCGUUUUUAAAAGAAAGGCCCUCACUAUUCAUGUUAUUCUCGGUGGUUUAUUAUCAGAAGUUGCUGCGACACUUCGCAGCGACGAGAAUUUUCAAGCUGCUACACUUCAAGCUGCGACGGUAAAGCUGCUACACUUCAUUCUGUUUGAGCACCGCGACGUGUUUAACAAGCAAUGUCAGAGAAUAUCCCCGCACAAAGCUCAUUCCUCUAUGACUCAAGGUGGACUCAAGAGAUUGACUCGGUGGUACUCGGUAGGACAAGUAGCUGCAGGGAGGACAAGUAGCUGCAGGGCCGUGGGUUAUGGCACCUCCCAGGGACACAGGCGAGGUUAAUAGCGAUCAUCAGUUCUCCCUUGCCCGGCGGAAGCUAAUGUUUGACGACGGUAGCAAUGUGGACCGGGAAUCCACAAACAAGAAAAAGGGGCCUCGUAUAUUACCAAGAGAGUUCCCACCCAACAGCCCGAACUAUGCCCUCUCAUGUGCAUCAAACAGUCCCGUCCCUAAGUGGAGGAUGCCACGCAAACCCAAGAUUUAACGGGGGGCUUAGUGUCAAAGGCUUUUGACAGGCAACUUAGUAGUAUGACAAGUGCCUUCGAGAGCGAUUCUGUUAUUAGA